GACCAAUGAGUCAGCAGCUGAUCGGGGCUAAUUUUACCUAACGAACCUAUAUAUAACGACAGCAGCCCUGGUGAAAACAUCUGCACAAGAGACCUGCUAGUUUUUUACCAAUUCGUUCGGUUUUUAGAGCUAACAAUGUCAGUUCCAGUAGCUGCAUUACAACUGAGCACAUCAUCCAGCCCGGGUCUGCUGGAGCACAACAUUCACAUCAGCGACAUAGAUUUGGAAAGGAUUUCAAGUGACAAUGAAAACGAAACUCUGCCUUUACAUUCUUCGUGGACUUUCUGGCUUGAUAGAUCUCUACCAGGAGCAACAGCAGCUGAAUGUGAGUCAAACCUGAAGAAAAUCUACACCGUGGAGACCGUCCAGAACUUUUGGAGAGUUUACAACAACAUACCCAUUGUCUCCAGCUUGCCAUUGAGAUGUAGCUAUCAUCUGAUGAGAGGAGAAAGAAAACCACUCUGGGAAGAAGAAAGCAAUGCUAAAGGUGGUGUUUGGAAGAUGAAAGUACCCAAAGAAUGCACUUCUGUUGUCUGGAAGGAGUUGCUAUUGGCUACUAUUGGAGAACAGUUCAUUGAUUUUUGUGCCUCAGACGAUGAAGUAGUUGGGGUCAGCGUCAGUGUAAGAGACAGAGAAGAUGUGUUUCAGGUCUGGAAUGGAAACGCUUCUUGUGCUAACGAGUCCAACAUCUUAGGAAGGAUCAAUGAGCUCCUUCCACAAAUACCUUUUAAAGCAGUGUUUUACAAACCACAUGAGGAGCACCACGCUUUUGAAGGAGGUCGAAGAAAUUAGCACAUAUUGCACAUCAGCAGUCUAGAGAUAUACAUGUUUUUUACUUGUGAACAUGUUUUGGAUAAUAUUUGGGCACAUUUUGAAGCAACUGAGUUCAUAGUUGCUUAAUGUAUUAUCUUAAAGCUAGGGUAGGCAUUUGUUUUGGUGUCGUUAAAUACAAAGUAAUAACCUUUCAGCAUAUUGUAAUUCAAGUGGUCUGAGAGAAAACCAGACUUCUGCACCUCCUCUUGGCUCUGUUUUUCGGGUUUUAGAAAAUCUUGCCCGUGAUGGGAGAAUUUGGCCAAUCACAGGUCAUUUCAGAUAAAGAGCAUUCCUAUUGGCUGGUUUAUAAAAGUAGAUGCGUGUGUACGUUCCUUCAGAUGGUGAAGGCCUGAUUCAAUGCUGGAUAAUCCUGCAGAAAAAGUUGCUGUUACAGCACUGGCAGAAACUGCCAAUGGUGCAAAGCAACGCAAAAAAAUGGAAGACAGGCAAUAAAGGCAAUAAAACACGCGUCAAUAUCGGCGAAGCGUUUCAGAGAUGGAGAGAAAAUGUUGAUAAUAGUUUAGCCUUCUGCUAACAGCUGUACAACGGCAUCGGGAUCACAAUCACAAUGGAGAUGAUAUGCCGGUGCUCGUCUGGUGGGAGGGGCUUAGGAUAGAGAGGGAGAGAGCUGCAGAAGGAGGGCUGUUUUGGUUGUUGUUGCCUUUUUCAGAAAACUGCCUACACCGGCUUUAAUUACAGUACAUUAAAUGUAGCCCAUGUAUUAUGAUUCUCAAUCAAUGGAAUUUCCCAUCUUCUGAGCACAUUCAUAAUAAUAUCCAAAAUACUUUUUUUUAUUUUAGUCGAAAACAAAAAAAAAUGUCAGUUUGAUUUUAUCUGUGGCAGUGUUUGUGUGUUUUUAUACUUCCACAUUUUGCAAUUCCCUAACCAAAACAGCCGAUCAUGUACAUGUAAAUGUCAGGUUUAUUUAGAUGUAUUAUAGCAUAUUGUGUGCAGUUUGCUGAGCACAGACACAGCUAGGUCUUUGAAUUAAAUCUCAUUUUUAGAUCUAAGAGGAGCCCUAGUUUCACAAAGCAAACCUUUAUCUUAACAAUGCAUUGCAAGGCUUUUCUAGGGAGCUCUUUUCUCCGUUUUGUAUGUUACAGCCAAAUACUGUUGCCUAACAUAAAUCUUUAGAGCAGAAAAUUGCACAUUCGUUUUUUCUUUUCUUUUUUAGGAUAUCAGCGGAUUGUAAAAGGAAAUAUGUUCUUGUUACAAUAAAAUGACCUCAGCGCACAAAUCAUCAUGAGUAGAUGCUGAGAAAUAUAUGCAAUCAUUUCUAUUCUGUAGAAUUUGAAGCAAAUUUGCAGUGUUGUGGUUGUCAUUUUGUUUAAGCAUCCGUCCCAAAUCAAGCACUUUGUGUGUGUGUGUGUGUGUGUGUGUGUGUGUGUGUGUGUGUGUGUGUGUGUGUGUGUGUGUGUGUGUGUGUGUGUGUGUGGUGUGUGUGUGUGUGUGUGUGUGUGUGUGUGUGUGUGUGUGUGUGUGUGUGUGUGUGUGAGAUAACUGAGACCAAAUCUACCUUGGUUUUGUGUAACCUUUUCUGAUUUGGGUUUUUGUUAUUUUUCUACUUUUAAUAGUAACUUGAGAUGUGUAGAUGAUAACGUUGAAAUUGUGUUUCAUAUGACCAGUGUAAAAUGGAAUUUGUGAAGCCUACUCUUUGUAGAUACUAUUGGCCCCAGGAUAAAUGAUAAACACAACACAUGACACCAGAAGAUGUAGAUCUAAGUCUCACUUAGAUCUCCUUGAGCGACUGCUCAGGGCCUAUUUUAGUGUAUUUGCACAAAUCGGGGGUGUUUGGUGAAGUGAUGCAACCCCUGCAGCAGGGUCAAAUCUGUAAGUUAUUAAGAGAUGGUUUACUACUGCACCAAAACAAAGUUCAGUGUCUCUCAAAUCCAUAGUUUUUAGGAUUUCUUUUCUGUGGUAAUGUAAAAGGCUGCAUUUGUAUUAUUGAAAUAAAAUGAAAAAAAAUUA